AAAUUAUUCUGCUUAUUUUAUCGCACAAUAUUUUUCUUAGCCUUUACUCAUUCAAAUGCACAUGCGCCUGUGUGCAUUCUACCUGUUUUAUUUUAUUUUUAUCAAUAUUCACUGCUCAAAAGAAAGAGAAGGAUCUUGCAAUUGAUGUUCGUCAGGAAACUCCAAUGUUUUUGGUCUAGAUAAAAGAGCAACUAUUGGAAUGUUAAGCUCGGGAAGUCGGCAACCCACUAUUCUUAAGAAGCGUGAGAACAAAGUCAUCAUUAAAAAUACCCUGGCGAGUGAAUUUGAGUUCGACCGUCAGAUCAGCGACAAACCUUGGGAGCAAUAUGCACGCGAGGAACGUCAUACAGCUGCAUACAAUCCUGCCUCAGACAACAUGUCGACAUCACCUAUAUCAUUGCCACUCGAGAAUGGGUGCGCAACUAGUAGCAAUUGCAACGAUAACGUCAGCAUCAGUAGUAUAAGCAGUGGUAACACUGAUUUAUUUAGCGAGUAUACUUUGAACAUGAGAAGACUUGCACGUGAACGAAAUCAGCUACAAGAAGAAACUUUGAGAAGGAUAAGACAGUUAGAAGACGAGAUGCUUGAACAAGGCGUCCGCGUAUGGAAGGAUUGGUGUGCCUCGAAAAAGUUUUAUGAUCAAGAUCGAGUUACCCCUCAAAAAAUGAUAGAGUACAUGGAUUAUGUCGUCCAAUCAAGAGGGUUAUCUGAAGGGAAUACCAACACUGAUCCAGCACUUGAUGUCUUGCUUCGACCUGUGCUUGAGUUCUGGAAGAAACAAGAUGUUGCAGAAGUAACCGACCCGCCCGCACUAUCUCUUCCAAUCAGCGCCACGCAUCUCUCCUCAGCAGAGUCAACAUCAACAAGAAUGUUCCUGUCUUCAGUGGCUGUCCCACAUCGACUAUUACAUAUCCCUAAUACACAAAGUGAAAUCCGACAGCAACAGCAGCAUGCUUCAUACGAGCAAGAAGCGGGGCUUGCCACUGAAGGUUUGGAAUCCGGAUCAGAAGAGCUCCAUAGGCACUCGCAGCAAUCACAAAAUCCCGAAGGAACCAAAGCUAUAUUGACAUCAGAGUUGGAUAAAGUUAAUUUACAAGGGCGUUGUCACGGAGGAGCUCGUUUGGAGCCUAAAUUUAGUAGCGAGAGUGAGCAUACCCGUCACUUGGAAGCGAGAUUUGAGGAAAUGCAGCAAAUGUUUGAACGACUUGAGGACAAGCUCUAUGGGCAAGGACGCCGACGAAGAGGGAAACGGAGAGUGAGGAAACCACACAGACAUACACAUAAAGAAAAAUACGGUUCAUCGCAAGAGCACGACCAAUGGCAUCCUCAUCGCAAUCUCGAGCAACCUGAAGAGGAAGAGGAAUAUAGUUCGGACGAGUUUGACCCCACACAACUCUCAUUUGAACAUAGGAAGGAUGGAGUAAAUGACAACCAUACUGACAUGGAUAGCCAAUUGUUAUCUGGAAAUCCACCUCCCGAGCACCUGAGAGCAGAAUUGCAACAGGUAGAACGAAGACAAGGAGUGCGUGGUCGGCCAAGGAAAAUACGAGAAUUGUCGGAAACAGAACAACCGCAAGAGGAGCAUGUGAUCAAACUCAGAGAGAUUGAUCCUCAAAAUAACGAAAUACUAAACAAAACCCAACGUCCAUUGGUCGGCUCAAUUACGAGUCAAGAUAAACUUUCGUCCCUACCUCAAGCUGAAGCGACGAAACGAAGAAAACUAUCUUCAAGCCUUGACCAGAAUGCAGUAAACAGCGAAAUCGAACCUUAUGAUAAUAGUCAGGAGAGGCCACAGGCAGCUGUGAAUCAUAAUGCAAAAGAACAGAGUAUGCCAACUCAAGAGGCCGACCCCAUCUGUAUGCAUGCUUCGGAUGAAGGUGUACAACGUACUUUCCAAACUCCGGACGAAGGCACAACUCUGUUGCGCAGGUCAACCCGCAUAAGAAUUCCGAGAGAAUUAGGCAUCACCCAUACAAAUACCGCUACGCUAAGCUCGAUUAGAAGAGCAUUAAUAUUAGGAACAGCCCUGGAAUCAACAGCCACUGGCCUAGGGUCGAGUACCAGUGCACAAAGCGAAUCAUUUCGAGCACGAUCGAAACCUGAUUCAUUGAAGAGAUGGAGAGUAACACUUCCCACUUUCUAUAAGAAAAAAGCUGAGGCUAUUGCAUUUGCCAAGGGCGGUGGCUCGUCGGGAUCGGGCAUUAGUACUGGAAAAACCAAGAUACAUUCCCGAGGGAGACCGAAAUUGAUUAAACCAUUUUCGGAAUGGGGUAUACCCCAACGGACUCUCAAAGAUUUGAAGGUAGUAGAGUUGCAGAACAGUGAGAGACGAAUCUUUCGUAGGAAACUUGUCAUGCUAUGGGAGCCCAAUUUGUUUAUCAAAAAAGACUUUUCAAAAAUGACCGCAAGAGAACUUUGGCUAGAAUGGACUUAUAACUCAUGGGGUUGGAAACACUGUCGUUGCCCUACGCCACGAAUCUGGAAGCAGAUCGAGGAGGCCAUGAGCAGCGCAUCAAGGGACAGAGUGGUUGUAAAAGACGAUCAUGUCGAGAGCAAAGGGUUAGAUGUGGAAGCUAGUAAUAGCGACACGAAGUUACCAAUACCAAAUAUUGAUAAUACGCAAUGCGAGCAUGUCACUGUUGAUGAUUUCUACCCAACGGAAGAGCACUACUGCCAUGUUUCUGCCACAGCUUACAACUCAGUAAUGUCCCAUUUGCCGAUCAUCAUACGACAUGUUGAACGACAGGGCACUAUUACACUAGACGAUGCAUUACAGGCGCUGGAGGAGAUCCGAACCAAGGGUUUAUUAGAGAUAGUGCAGGCAUUAACGAACAAAGUUCAGAGCCCGGGAUAAAUUGUGCAUUUGCCAAAUUAAAUAAAUUG